CUCUCCAAGACUGGCUGCACAGUGUGGAUAUAGCUUAACUGUUGACUUCUUGGGAAAUGCCAAGUUCCUUGCUUCUGUGCUGAGCUGCUUUGCUCAAAACACAAAUGAUGAGACCUACAAGCUGACAGUACAAAUCAGUGUCUUCUCAAACAGUGCUAUGACUUCAGCUUCCUCCUAUGUUCAGAGCAUGACAUGCCGCUAUUCUCCAUGGGCAGAGAGGGAGAUUAUGUCUGAAAGAAACUACAUGGAGGUUUCUGUGAGAAGAGGUGUGCCACUUAUUGAGCCAAACUUUGUUCAAGAUGAUCCUGAUUGGUCCCUUGCAUACCCUGAGGCAACUGCUGCUGACAACAGCAUCUGGAAAAUUGUGUUCCAUCUCCCAGCAAAUAGAAAGACAACCAUGACUGUUGCUCAGGCCAUGACAAAUGGCUAUGGCAUAAACACUACACCAACUCGAAUUCUGGUUAGAGCUGCAUACAACUCCACAGAAAGUCAGCCUCAGGUGAUCCAAACUGUACCAAUGGCUGUGCUAAGAUCAACCACCUUUUAUAAGCAAAGAUGGAUGGUCAUGAUGGUGGACACUGCAGUUACAUGUCCUACUGAUGGAACAGCCUUCACAGAACAGAUGAUUACAUGGAAUGUUCCCCGUGUUCUACCUCCUCUUGUUCCGACACCACAAAUUACUACCCUUGAUGUUCAAAUGGGAGUUGAUGGUCACAAGCUUGACCCUGCAACGAUUCAUAGUAGAGAUUAUAAACUGGAUGUCGGUCCCCAGCUAAUCACUGUAAAAAUUCCUGUGGGAGCUGAUGGUGGAUAUUACAAGAGCCAUGUAUUAGACAACACCUAUGUGAUCUCUUACUCUAUUGAACCAAUGCUGGAGCAUACCUGGCAAGAUGGGCCUGAGAAGACCAAGUACACGGUACUUCAUCCCAUAACCACUCCUUUCAUGCCUCGGCCACCAGUUGUCACAAACAACACUGUUCCUAAAGCCAGAGUAUUCAAUGUGACCCUGGGGACAUUCCUGCCUGAUGUGGAGCUGGUCAAAAUUAUAGUUGGACCAGAGACGUUAACUGUGCCAGAAGCCAUAGGUUAUAAUGUCCAGGAGCAUGUCUUUCCCAAUGGAUCCAAGACCUACACUCUCCAGGUGCCAUUUGAGGACCCCAAUGUGAAGCAAAAGGUAACUCCUCCAGACACCAGAACCUACAUUCUGCCCCUGACCUACUUGCUGAAUAUAGUGCCAGAGAAUACACCCUUUACUCAUCCUGCUGUAGUUGAAGCCAUUCUCAAAGACAUCAUUCCACCUACAGUAACUGGCUACUGUGAUGGUGCUGCAUUCUAUACCAUGGUAACAUAUGGCAACAUGGGUCGCAUCUGGAUUCCUUUUGUGGGCUCAAGAGAACUUGGUGGAAGUCUGCUUGCCCUGUACAAGUAUAAUGCCAACGCUACCAAUUUCUGGAUGACUGUGCCAUACAAUUCAGUUGAUGCCACAUAUGAAGUGAUCAGUUCUUCAGGCAUCAGAAGCAGGCUUGACUUGACCUUGAAUGAUAUUGGGACCAUGGUUGUGGUGGCUGACUUCUCUCUGUCCUGCAGUUUCCCUACAAAGAUGAUUGAUUGCUUCACCAAUGGAACUAUGGCAGCUCUUGCUGUGAAAGUGGAAUCUGUCCCCAGCUUGUCUCCAAGUCAACUAACACUAAGGGAUCCAAGUUGCCGGCCUCUUCAGUCUGAUGCUAUCAAUGCAGUUUUUCUACUUCAAUGUCAACUCCUGUGGCACAACUAGAAGGUUUGACAACAACCUCCUGACUUAUGAGAAUGAAGUGCUGUUCACAUCUUACCGGCUGAGAGUUGCCUGUCACUAUCUGG